GCCAUGGAUCCGACCGGCGACUGUUUCUCGCUAACCUCACCCACAACACACCAGCCGCUGUGAUACGCGCUCCGCAAAAAAAACAAGUGACAGUGACCGCCUGCAACCGCCGCCGCCGCGACCCACUCAGCCGCAUUCUGCCUUACACAUUGCCUUAUUUUUUUAUUUCGACGUUGGGGGGGUUGUUUUUUAUACGCUUUAGCACGCUAUUUACAUGUACGCCCGUAUCGAUUCGCCUCGCUGCCGGCCUACUAGAUAAGUUCUCCGAAUCCGAUCGGGAAAAGUCCGCAUCCAUCCAGGUUUCGUCAGCAACGCGUCUUGUGAUAGCCGGUUCAGUUCUGGUGAAUCUGGUGGUGGCCACGCCGACCACGGGGAUGGCCUGGGGGUUCUGCGCUUGACGGUUGGCCGAGCUUCUCGCGAAAAUCUGCUGAUAUGCCAGUGAGGAGGGGGCUGGUGGCGCCUAGGACUACUCUGAUUGAAACCAUUAUAAGGAAAUUCGACACUGACAAUCGCUCUUUCCUGGUAGCCAACAGCCGCGAGGGACAAUGCCACGUCAUCUACUGCUCCGACGGCUUCUGCCGGCUGACCGGCUAUUCCAGAGCGGAUGUGAUGCAACGACCUGCCUCCUGCGAGUUCCUAUGUGGACCGCUCACGUCACAGCAGGCCGUGGCCAGCCUGAGGGAGGCGCUGCAGGACGGCGUCGAAAAACACGCCGAGAUACUCUACUAUCGCAAAGACGGCUCCAAGUUCCUAUGUUCAGAAGUAAUAGCCCCCAUAAGAAGCGAGGUGGAUGACAUCAGCCUAAUCAUCAUCAACUUCGAGGACCUGACCACGGUGCCGGCGCCGUCUCUGGAGAACAGUCCCAUAGGAAAGAAUAGGUUAAGUAAAUUUGACAGAGCACGGGCGUCAUUCCGGCAGAGUUUGAGGUUAGGAUCCAACAUAAGGGGCAGAGGACUAAGACUAGCUGGUUACCUGACUCCGCCCAGUGACGUCACUGCAGCGGAAGAGGAGGAAGAAGACACGUUGGAGAAAUGCCCUUUGACGCUGAACUCUCCCAUCCUGGAGCAGACCUGGGCGUCGAGGACAGAAGCCCCAGCGGCAGCGACGCACGUCGCGACACCGACGCCCGUCCAACAGAAGGACUACACGGCGUUGACGAUAUCGCAUAGUGCGCCGGCCAGCCACCAGGCGUCGUUCGAGCGCGGCGAGAGCGUCGAGCGGACGAGGCCGGGCGUCCUUUCCAGCGGCGGCAACGGCAACAACCACAGCAACAGGCAACCCCAUAUCACGCAAAACCGUGUGUCGCACGCCACAAGUCUGGACGCCAUCGCCAGAAGACAGUGCUUUAGGACGGGAUAUCCAACAGUCACCCUUUCCAACAAGCCCCACCUCAGCAAACAGUUCCCCAACGUAUCGUCCGAGAGCGAUCUUCAGAGGUACAGAACUGCCCAACAGUCCAACGACAGAAGAAGUCCCAGCCUGUCCAACCCCACAGAUUCCCUGAAGCAAAAGGUUUGUCCACAAUUCUCGUUCCAAGACAAUGGUUCAGCGAAGUACUUCCAAAGUGGUAUUCACACUCCCAAAAUGGGUGAAAAAGUCGCACAGGUAAAUUCAACUACUUAUUUUGGAGAUCCGACAUUUGUGCUGUCCCUUGGCGCCGACGUCCUACCAGAGUACAAACUCCAAAACCCCAAGAUCCACAACUACACCAUCCUCCACUACAGCCCCUUCAAGGCCGUGUGGGACUGGAUCAUCCUCAUCCUGGUUAUGUACACGGCGAUAUUCACGCCCUACGUGGCGGCCUUUCUCCUCGGUGAGCCGGACUUCAACAACCGAAAGAACAAGAAGUACAGCGAAGACCCCAUAGUCAUCAUUGACCUAAUCGUGGACGUCACCUUCAUAGUGGACAUCCUGAUCAACUUCCGGACGACCUACGUCAGCGGGAACGACGAAAUCGUCUCCGACCCGGUGCGUAUCGCCGUACACUACCUCAAGGGCUGGUUCCUCAUCGACCUGGUGGCGGCGGUGCCCUUCGACUUGCUCUUCUUCGGCACCGACACGGAUGAGUUGGGCUUGGAUAAAGACGAGACAACGACGCUGAUAGGUCUCCUGAAGACCGCGAGGCUGCUACGGCUCGUGAGAGUCGCCAGAAAAAUUGACAGGUACUCUGAGUACGGCGCAGCGGUGUUGCUGCUGCUCAUGGCCACCUUCGCCCUGAUCGCCCAUUGGUUGGCCUGUAUAUGGUACGCCAUUGGUAACGCGGAACGUCCGAUGCUUCAUUCGAAAAUCGGGUGGCUCGACAUUCUGGCCAACGACACCCACCAGCCUUACCUUCCCAACAACACUGGCGGACCCAGUAUAAAAAGCCGGUAUGUGACGGCACUGUACUUUACCUUCACGUCGCUCACCAGCGUAGGAUUUGGCAACGUGGCUCCCAACACGGACGCGGAGAAAAUCUUCACUAUCUGCGUCAUGCUUGUCGGAUCUCUAAUGUACGCCAGCAUAUUUGGCAACGUUUCGGCGAUAAUCCAGAGGCUGUACUCAGGCACGGCGAGGUACCACACCCAGAUGCUUCGGGUCAGGGAGUUUAUCAGGUUCCACCAGAUCCCCAACCCGCUCAGGCAACGCUUGGAGGAGUACUUUCAACACGCCUGGACGUAUACCAACGGCAUCGACAUGAACUCCGUGCUCAAGGGGUUCCCCGAAUGCCUCCAGGCCGACAUCUGCCUGCAUCUGAACAGGAAUCUGCUCCAGAACUGCAGCGUCUUCGACGGAGCCAGUCCGGGAUGCUUGAGAGCAUUGUCGUUAAAGUUCAAAACUACACACGCGCCGCCUGGCGACACUCUGGUGCAUCGAGGUGACGUACUGACGUCACUCUACUUCAUAUCAAGAGGUUCUAUAGAGAUAUUAAGAGAUGAUAUUGUUAUGGCAAUUUUAGGUAAAUACGAUAUUUUUGGAGAAAAUCCAUGUUUACAUCCCACAUUGGGAAAGUCGUCGUGUAACGUUCGGGCCCUGACCUACUGUGAUCUACAUAAAAUUCAUAGGGACGAUUUGUUAGACGUUCUGGAGCUUUAUCCGGAGUUCUACAACCAUUUUCUGAAUAAUUUAGAGAUUACUUUUACUUUAAGAGAUGAAGAUCAGGCUGGGGUAGCUCCAAGAAGGUCGUUCUAUCCGAAGGAUAAGGAGAACAGGUAUUUCAGGGGCGUGCCGUCUGCCAAAUCGAACGGGGUCUCCAGUAGGGGAAAUUCCAUGAACGGCAGACAGGAGUCGCAAUACAGCGACGAAUCCGAAUCAGGGCAUGGGAUCCUCGAGUUUUCAACGGAAAAGGCGGGACAGGACGUCACGCCAUUGAACCUGGACUUCGGCGAGGAGAAGAGGAGGUCGUCAACAUUAAAUUCCAUAACAGGCAUGUUAUCUCAACUUAAGCGAAGUAUCCCAGAUCUAAGGUUACACAAAACCCACCAGCCGCUAAUAGCGCAAUCGACGCCCCCCUCCAGCCACCGAAUCCGCACCAUCCGGCGGCAGUCAUCCGUCGGAGCGUAUCACCAAGAACCCUCGACCACGGCGCACCACCACCAGGGGGCGCCACAGCCCCAGCACACUUCAGUGCCUCUCUCCAGCAGCACCAGCUACUACACCAACAGUCCCAGCCCACCGCACGCCCAGGAGGCCGGCGCUCACGCGGACGAGAUGCUGGUGAGUGCCGAGGCAAAGACGAGAUUUGAAAUCGUCGACCUCUUAGAGCAUUUGACAUUUCGAGUGAGGUACAUGCUCUUCCCAUUUCAGGUGCCGCUCGACGCCACAACGAACCACACACACUUGCAACAUUCCACUAUAGACCCACAUUCGGACAAUUUAGUGAUAAGCAGGAGCCACCUCGAGCAUAUCAACGGGAAGCUGGACCAACUGGCCAAGCGCGUGCAGUCGCUGGAAGCGACGCUGGCGACGGACGUCAAGGCCAUCCUAGCGCUGCUGCAGUCGCAGCAGCCGCCCAGUAGCGAGGUGUCCACCAUCAAGCAGGAGAUGCCUGAAUAUGAAAACGUAGCCGUAGAUCCAAGUAGAAGUAGAUUUACAUUUCAGAGAUCAGUUAGUGAGCCAAAGCCCAUCUCAAAAAGUCACCAUUCCCAAGUUCUGCAUAGGUUUGCAUCGUUUAAUAAAGCCUUUGAUUUCGACAAGUACCAGGAGCCGUCGUGGGCCGACAGUCUGCUAGCGAAAGAGAAGGACUGUAAGGAGGAGAAGAUAGCCCCAAUCGCGAAACUAGAGUCCCUAGACGAAUUAGACCUGGAAUCUCCAUUAGGCAGUCCGAAGAAGCCGAAGAAGUAAUUUUACGGAUCGUUGUUUUUUAUUGUUUUUUUAUUAUUAUCAUUAUUAUUAUUAUUAUUAUUAAAUACAAUUUUAAUGGGGCCCCGUGGGAUGACGGGGUGGGUCCUUUCAAGGGGCAGCUUUUAUAGACUGUUGAUUAUUAUUGUUAUAAUAAUUGAAACAUGACAGUGAGAUAUAUAUAUUUAAAUUUCAGUAAUUUUAAGAUUAAAACAUUUACAAGGGAACAAGCUUUGUUCAGUAACUAGUUACGGCUGAAAUAGCAUCUUUUUAAAGAGGUUUUGUGAACAUGGACACGAAAUCGUUUACAUUAUACAUUACAGGGUGUUGAAAGUUCGCUGAGCACGAAAUAUUUACCAAUGUUUCGAAAAAACAGCUCAGAAUUGCUGCAGACUUGUCUGAAUAUCAAUAAGAGGGGUGAAAUCAUGGUAAUGUGCCAGAAAUUUAAAAAAUACAUGUUCUUAAAUGUAGUUUCGUGUAUCAACACUUCUUUUGUCGGAAAGAAAUCGAUCUUAAUAGAACUUUUCAUGUUAUUUCAAGUUAUGUCUUUAUUUGUGAAUCUUAUUUUUUGUUCAAAAACACUUUAUUAUAAUAGAAAUUUAACACCCUGUAUACAUAUAAGAAAUUGUAGUUUGUUCAACGUCCCUUUUUUUCGGAACACCCUAUAUAAAUUAACUUAUUUUUUUUAAUAUAAAUGCAUUUUUCCCCAGACUUUAACACCCACACAGCAUAUUUGAUAUUAAAAACGUGUAAAUAUCUUUAAAUUUUUCAAAUGAAAAUAUGUCAAAAAUAUUGAAGUGAAAAA